AGAUUUCUACGCGCCAUAGCAAUUCGUACGCCAUUAUCAGUGCUUGGUAAUUCUCUCGUUCUUCGCCGUUGAAGCUUCUAUAACUUUCUGUUGCAUCACGUGCAAAUUUUUCAAUAAUCUGUUAACAUCCCAAAGAAACGAUGGCUGAUGAAUACUUUUAUGCUCUGACUCUCAAAGGUGCUAAAUCUAGCGAAGUUUGGGACCCCGAAGGCAAAGCCUCUGAAGAUUUCAAUGGGGGCCACAAACUAAUUAUCAAACAAGCUCUACUAGGACCUGAAGCUACAGAAGGAGAAGUAAAUGUUAUCCAAGUUGAAGCUAUGACAUGGAAAGAUCAUGUUAAAAUUCCAGUAGCAACACUUAAAGCUGGAGGACCAAACAACCAAGUUUUAUUGGAUUUGUCUUUCCCUGAUCCUCCAGUUACUUUUACUCUAGUGCAAGGUAGUGGUCCAGUACAUAUUAUUGGCCAUCAUUUAAUCGGUUCAUCAAUGGAAGAAUUCGAUGAAAUGGAUGAGGUUAUUGACGAAAUGGACGAGGAUGAAGAAGGAGAGGAAGGCGCUGAGGAAGAUGAAGAAGACGAAGAACCCAAAAGUAAAAAAGCCAAAACAACAAAUAGCACAAAAGGCAAAACUCCAGUGAAAAACAAAGCUAAUAAGAAGUAAAACAGACCUAGUUAUUAAUUUCAUUUUAUGUUAAGUCAGAAUGUAUCUUAUUUUAUACUGAGUAUUUGUUUUUCACAUAGUUCUCUCAACAAACUUUCCAUUAGUUUGUUUAAAAUUCCAUUAAUUGUGAAAUUAAUCUUCGUGAAAAGUCAUUCAUGUUUCUUCGUAAUUUAUUCCAAGAUUUUUUGGUUGUUUUGUAAAUAAUUAAUCUCAUUAAAGUAGUUUUUAUACAUUGCGUUUUAUUAAAAUUGGUCGAGGCAGUUUUAUUGAAUGCAACAAUUUUGAAAUUUAUUAUCGUAUGACUGAUGAAUAGAUAUGUUUUGAUUUGAACUUUUCCCAUUAAAGUAUUGUUUCUA